UCUUUCAAACCCUAAUUUUCUCUAUCCGAUCCUCAUAUUUAUUGUACAAACGGGAAGCGAAUGGCGUCAGGAUCAUCUGGUAGAACUGGUCACGGUGGUUCUAAAGGGUUCGAUUUCGGCUCUGACGACAUUCUCUGUUCUUACGACGAUAUUGAUAAUCAAGAAGCUCUUAGCGGCAACCACAGAGAUCCUGUGAUGAGUGGCAGCUCGGGAAAGGACUUCCGCGAAUGCAACAUGGGGAGAUCAUCAUCAUUACAUGCCUAUAAUCAUCAAGAAGAAUCCCUCAAUCAGGAUCUGAUUUCUACUGUAGAAAAGACGGUGAAAAAAUAUGCUGACAAUCUACUUCGUUUCCUCGAGGGAAUUAGUAGUCGUUUGUCACAACUGGAAUUAUAUUGCUACAAUCUUGAGAAGUCUGUGGGAGAAAUGCGUUCUGAUUUGGUUCGAGAACACAGUGAAGCAGAUUCAAAGCUUAGGUCUCUCGAGAAGCACCUUCAAGAAGUCCACAGGUCUGUGCAAAUCCUUAGAGAUAAGCAAGAACUUGCUGAUACUCAGAAAGAACUAGCCAAGCUUCAGCUUGUACAGAAGAAAGAAUCCUCAAGCAUUAGUCAUUCACAACACAAGGAAGAGGGAGGUGCACAAUCUGCUUCUGAUAGCCAAAAAAUUGAUAGCAUGCCAGAGGGGCAGAACCUACAGUUGGCUCUUGCUUUACCCCACCAAGUGGCUGUAUCGGCCUCACUCCCACCUAGACCUGUGGAACAGCAGCAGGUUUUGUCGGCUCCACAUCAAGCCCUUCCUCAGAAUGUUCAUACUCAGGUUCAACCACCGUCCUAUUAUCCCCCACAGAAUCAGUUGCCUAAUCCGAUGCCCCAAACUCAACAUCAACCUCAAGACCAAUAUUUGCAAGCAGAUCCCCAAUACCAAAGGCCCCAAAUGCAAGACUUGUCCAAGCAGGCACCACAGCCAACACAAUCAUCACAGCCUCAAGUCAGUCAGGCCCAGCAAAUGCACUCGUUUCUGCCUUACCAACAGCAGUGGCCACAGCCGUUUCCCCAACAGGUACAACAACCACAACCACAACCACAACCACAACAACCAUCUCUGCAACCCCAGGUUAGACCACAGACAACACCAGUGUAUUCAUCCUACCCACCAACUCAAGCUGCAAACCCAUCUCCUGAAAACUACUCAGGAAGCAUGUCAAUACAGGUCCCAUUUUCUGGACUUCCUCCAUCUGGAGUGGGCCAUGCAGAAUCUAUGGCAUAUGGUUAUAGUGGGGUUAUUAGACCAACAGUUCAGCCGUCACUUCCUCCACAGCUUAACAUUCAGAGGCAACAACAGCCUCUGACGAACCAGAGUACUUUUGGAGUCAAUCUCAAUGAUGGCUCCUUCUCAGGAACUGGACCCCAUCCUCAACAGCCUCAAGGGCAAGGAUACAUGAUCUAUGAUGGUGAGGGUGGAAGAACUUCUCAUCCACUGCCCUCACACUACACACAAGGUGGCUAUCCUCCAACACAUGCCUCUCUCCAGAAUCCAAAGCCUCCUGCUGCUGGUAGUCUCUUGGUCCGCCAUCCAAGCUCAUCACAGAUGAUGCGCAGCCAUAUGUAUAGUGAGAUGAUUGAGAAAGCUGUGAGCAUGGGUUUCAUGAGAGAUCAUGUUGCAGCUGUGAUCCACAGGCUGGAGGAAGGUGGCCAACCGGUGGAUUUUAACAGUGUUCUUGACAGGUUGAAUGUGCACUCAUCUGGAGGUUCUCAGAGGGGAUGGUCUGGCUAACUCCAUAUCUCUAGUCCACCUGUGUAGCAGCAAGUACUUCUAUGUUUGGUGCCUCGAAUAAGAUUGACAUGGAAUGUGGAACUUCUUGAUGCAGACCUUAAGUACCCAGAUAAUUGUAUAUUUGUGGCAUUAUUCCAUGGCUUGGUCUUAUUUUAUUGCUAGGUCUUGGAUGUUUAUCAUGUUUAUUUUUUCCUUUUUUUGUCGGGAUUGGUAGAUGCUAUGAUACUUUUGAUGUCC